GGCCUUAGUCGGGUGCGCGCGUGCAGGGCUGUUUCCGGCUUAGACUCAGUGGACUGGAAUCUGGCCAGCUGGGGUACCUGGCUGAGUCUCUGUGGCCGCCGAGGCGCGGAGCUAAGCAGCUCGGAUUAUCCUGGGCAGACCAGGGACUUGACCAGCUAAACACUUCCGUCGGUCCGGGGCGUGGACGGAGUCAGAUGAGCCUCCUGCUCUCCCGAGUCAGGGCCACGGAAAGGCACAAAUCCAUCCGUGCGACUCCUGGUACCCAGACCGGGAGGUCGUCUAGUCACGCGCGGUCCGUGUUGGGCGACAGCUGAGGAGCCGGCGUCCCUGCCAGCGACUCAGCCCCGGGACGGUCAGGAGCCUGGGGCCCUGGUCCCGCACCUGUCUUCGGGCGGACGCAUCCCCCACGGUCUCGCCGCAGCCCGCGGGUCCUGCCGCCGCAGGCAGCGCGCGAACGUGCGCGUGGGGAUGGCCACCAGUUUCCGGACAGCUUCGUGCUGGGGAUUAUUGUCGUUCAAGGAUAUAUCUAUGGAGUUCACCUGGGAUGAAUGGCAGCUACUGGAUUCUACACAGAAGUACCUAUACAGAGAUGUGAUAUUGGAAAACUAUCAUAACCUGAUAUCAGUGGGGUAUCAUGGUACCAAGCCUGAUUUAAUCUUCAAGUUGGAACAAGGAGAAGAUCCAUGGAUAAUAAAUGCCAAAAUUUCCAGGCAGAGCUGUCCAGAUGGCUGGGAAGAAUGGUACCAGAACAAUCAAGAUGAGCUUGAGAGUAUUGAAAGAAGCUAUGCUUGUAGUGUGUUGGGAAGACUUAAUCUGAGCAAAACCCAUGAUUCUUCAAGACAGAGACUCUAUAACACACAUGGAAAAAGUCUGACACAAAACUCAGCUCCAAGCAGAAGUUAUUUAAGAAAGAAUCCUGAUAAGUUUCAUGGUUAUGAAGAACCGUAUUUUCUUAAGCAUCAAAGAGCUCAUAGUAUAGAAAAAAACUGUGUGUGUAGUGAAUGUGGGAAAGCUUUUCGUUGUAAGUCACAGCUCAUUGUACAUCUCAGAAUUCAUACAGGAGAGAGACCUUAUGAAUGCAGUAAAUGUGAAAGAGCCUUCAGUGCCAAGUCAAACCUUAAUGCUCAUCAGAGAGUUCAUACAGGAGAAAAACCCUACUCAUGUAGUGAGUGCGAGAAGGUCUUCUCUUUCAGGUCACAGCUCAUUGUCCAUCAGGAAAUUCACACAGGAGGGAAACCCUAUGGCUGCAGUGAAUGUGGGAAAGCCUACAGUUGGAAAUCACAGCUUCUUUUACACCAGAGAAGUCACACAGGAGUGAAACCGUAUGAAUGCAGCGAAUGUGGGAAAGCCUUUAGUUUGAAGUCUCCAUUCGUUGUACACCAGAGAACUCAUACAGGAGUGAAACCCCAUAAAUGCAGUGAAUGUGGGAAAGCAUUUAGGAGUAAGUCCUAUCUCCUUGUUCACAUCCGAAUGCAUACAGGAGAAAAACCCUAUCAAUGCAGUGAUUGUGGGAAAGCCUUCAAUAUGAAGACACAACUCAUUGUACAUCAGGGAGUUCACACAGGAAAUAAUCCUUAUCAAUGCGGUGAAUGUGGGAAAGCCUUUGGUAGGAAGGAACAGCUCACUGCACAUCUGAGAGCUCAUGCAGGAGAGAAGCCCUACGGAUGCAGUGAAUGUGGGAAGGCUUUCAGCAGCAAGUCAUACCUUGUUAUACAUAGGAGAACACACACCGGAGAGAGACCCUAUGAAUGUAGUUUGUGUGAGAGAGCCUUUUGUGGAAAAUCACAGCUGAUUAUACAUCAGAGAACGCAUUCAACUGAGAAGCCCUAUGAAUGCAAUGAAUGUGAAAAAGCCUACCCUAGGAAGGCAUCACUUCAGAUACACCAGAAAACUCAUUCGGGAGAGAAACCUUUUAAAUGUAGUGAAUGUGGAAAAGCCUUCACUCAGAAAUCAUCUCUCAGUGAACAUCAGAGAGUUCACACCGGAGAGAAACCAUGGAAAUGCUCUGAAUGUGGGAAAUCUUUCUGUUGGAAUUCAGGGCUUCGUAUACAUAGGAAGACUCAUAAAUGAGAAAUCAGAAUGAUGCAAUGUGAGAAACUGAUGUUCAGGAGACUUCAGAUAAUAUAGACAGGAUUUACAAGCAGGAGGCCCUAAAACUACACUCAUGUCAAAAAUCAGAGAGGAGAGAGACCAACCAUAUUUGGGAUGAGUGUAAAAGCUUUCAGAAAUAAGUUACAAAUCUUUGUAGAUGAAAAUAAUGGAAGGAAUGCGGAGCAAUAAAUGUAUCAAAUGUUGUAGUAUCAUCACGAAGAUUCAGAGAAUUUACACUAGGAACACCUUAUAAGUUGGAUAAAUUAAGGAAGCAUUUUCCCAUUGAAAGUGUGUUCCAUGGAAAGUCACAUUCCAGAUUUGAAGCUGUGUUUUUGUAAAAUAAAAUCUUGUGAACAGUUGACUUCAUGGUGGAGUAUAAAGUUGUUUUUUAAAAAAUAUGUAAAUAAUGUUCAGGAAAACGCAGGGAACGGAUUCUUAAAGUUAAGGGAUAUUUAAUGUGACUUCCCUGAGUUAACACUGAAUAGUAUUUCUAAAAUUUUUCGUACUUUAUUUUUUAAUGUAAGUUGUUCUAUCUAUCUAUAUAUAUAUUUGAUAGUUUGUGGAAUAAUAUCCCCCAGUAUUUUCCAUAUUAAAUGCUAAUUGUCUUUUGAUUUCUUUUUCAUAAGCAGAUCUGGCAUUUAUUACAGGGCUGCCGCUUAAGAGAACUCAUUGUAAUGAACGUUUAUUAUAUUUUGCAGUUCCAUGCCUGUUGUCCAUUGAUUGACAUGAGCAUCCUUGUUUUCUCUGGAGAAAUACCUCCCCUCUCUGGGGUGCUUCCUGUGGUAGUGUCUUUCAGGUAUCCGUUCCACUAGCUGCAGGUGAGCAUUUCAUCCAUUGUUGGAUAAUGGUAAUCUCUUUUUCAGAAUUUUGAGUCUGUAAUUCAUUUGCACAUGAACCAGAAAAUGUGGGAACUCAUUCAUUCUUGUCCCAGAAUUCUGUUGAGAACAUCCAUUCAUUCUGGCUAAUUGAUUACAAGAAUAACUGUGGAUACUAUCCCUUUAGAACCUGCUUCUCUGAUCUUCUGUGUGUUUCCUCACUUCUCAAUAAAAAUGUCUUUUGCUUUUU